AUGGUAGCUCCUCACGAAUUCAGCAAGAUCGACGAUUUGGCCAUCAGGACCUUGAAAUUGUUGGCUGUUGAUCAGCCAUGUAAUUCAAACUCUGGUCACCCAGGUGCCCCAUUGGCUUUGGCACCAGCAGCACAUGCAUUGUUGAAGGCCACUAACAUCAACCCAAAGAACCCAGACUGGAUCAACAGGGACAGAUUCGUUUUGUCUAACGGUCACGCCUGUGCUCUGCUAUAUGCCCUUCUACAUCUAGUGGGCAACGAUUACUUCAGAAUUGAAGAUUUGAAGCAAUUCAGAAAGUUGAACUCCAGAACACCAGGUCACCCAGAAUUCCAUUUGUCCGGUGUUGAGGUCACCACUGGUCCAUUGGGUCAAGGUAUUGCUAAUGCCGUUGGUAUGGCCAUUGCACAAAAGAACUUUGCUGCUACUUACAACAAGCCAGGUUUCACCAUUUCUGAUAACCACACUUUCGUCUUUGCUGGUGACGGUUGUCUACAAGAAGGUAUUUCUUCUGAAGCCUCCUCCUUGGCCGGUCACUUGCAAUUGGGUAAUUUGAUCAUGGUUUAUGACAACAACAGCAUCACCAUUGAUGGUUCUACCAACUUGUCCUUCACUGAGGACACUAAGAAGAGAUACAAGGCUUACGGUUGGGAAGUCAUCGAUUUGGAUGGCGACUCCGAAAGUCCAGAACUUCUAUUAGGCGCCAUUGAGCAAGCAAAGAAAACCACCGAUAAGCCAACUAUGAUUAGAUUGACUACCAUUAUCGGUCAUGGUUCUUUGAACCAAGGUACUCACGGUGUCCACGGUGCUCCUUUGAAGGCAGACGAUUUGGCUCAAUUGAAGGAGAAGUUGGGCUUUGACCCUAAGCAAUCUUUUGUUGUUCCUCAAGAGGUUUACGACUUCUACAGAAAGACCGUUGCUGAACCAGGUAUUGAAGCUAACGAGAAAUGGGACAAAUUGUUUGCUGAAUACCAAAAGAAAUACCCUGAAGAAGGUAAGGCUCUAGUUAGAAGAUUGAGCGGUGAAUUGCCAGCUGACUGGGAUAAGACCUUGCCAGCUUUCACUCCAAAGGACAAGGCUGUUGCAACCAGAAAGUUGUCUGAAGGUGUCAUUGAGCAAGUUUACAACGCUUUGCCAGAAUUGAUCGGUGGUUCUGCAGAUUUGACUCCAUCUAACUUGACCAGAUGGGUUGAAGCUGAAGAUUUCCAACCACCAUCUUCCGGUUUGGGUUCCUACAAGGGUAGAUACAUCAGAUACGGUGUCAGAGAACACGGUAUGGCUGCUAUCCUAAACGGUAUCUCUGCUUGGGGUGCUAACUACAAGCCAUACGGUGGUACUUUCUUAAACUUUGUAUCUUACGCUUCCGGUGCCGUUAGAUUGUCUGCAUUGUCUGGUCACCCAGUUAUCUAUGUGGCAACUCACGAUUCUAUUGGUGUUGGUGAAGAUGGUCCAACUCACCAACCUAUUGAAACUUUGGCUCACUUCAGAGCUUUGCCAAACAUGCACGUCUGGAGACCUGCUGAUGGUAACGAAGUUUCUGGUGCCUACAAGAACGCCAUUGAAUCCAAGCACACUCCAGCCAUUUUGGCUUUGUCCAGACAAAACUUGCCACAAUUGGAAGGUUCUUGCCGUGUCAAGACUCAAAAGGGUGCUUACGUCCUACAAGAUGUUGAGAAGCCUGACGUUGUUUUGAUCGCCACUGGUUCCGAAGUUUCUUUGAUUGUGGAAUCUGCUAAGGUGUUAGCCGCUAAGGGUAUCAAGGCUCGUAUCGUCUCUGCUCCAUGUUUGGACCUAUUCGACGAACAAUCAGAAGAAUACAGAGUUUCCGUUUUGCCAGACGGUGUUCCAAUCAUGUCUGUUGAAGUUGCUUCUACAGUUGGCUGGGAAAGAUACGCUCACCAAUCCUUCGGUAUCAACAGAUUCGGUGUUUCCGCUCCAUGUCCUGAUGCCUACAAAUACUUCGACUUCGUCCCAGAGGGUGUUGCUUCUAGAGCUGAAAAGACUGUUGCCUUCUACAAGGGUAAGACUCUUUACACCCCAGUUAGAAGAGCAUUUGAAAGCCCUUCCAUUGAAUUUUAA